AUGGGGAGUAAGAUUUGUCAAACAGAGUAUGGGAGGCAUAUAAGGAAUAAUGGAAUGGCAAUGACCUCAAGCCUGAAGGAGAAGGAAAGAGGCCUACAAGAAAAGAUAAGAGAAGGAACAAGUGGUCAAGGGUUCAAAUUGGAUCUUGGUAAGAGUGUAAAGAACCAGAAGAUGGUUCCAAUAAGGAAAAUGAACUGGAAGAGGAAACAGAUGGAGGCAGAAGGUAGAAAACAGAGAAAGAAAAGAUGGAACCACAGUGAAAAAGGCAAAAGAAUACAGCAAAAGAAAUCAGAUCGUUAUCCUGUCAAUCCCCAGGAUAAUAUCGAAAUGUUUAAAGCAUGGUAUUUGCUGAUUGGGAAGACGGGCAUGGCACCUAUUUGUGAUGGCAACACACUUUUUGAUGAACCUUUAUUUUUAAACCCGAAAAUUGUUGAUGCUCAGGGACGCACGUUCUAUUUUCCCGAGUUUAUUAAAGCUGGGUUAGUAAAAGUGAGGCACUUGUUGUAUGAAGUGCUACCUGGAUUUUUGAGAAUAAACGCAGUUGUUGAAAUGUGUCAGGAUGUGGAUUGUUCUCGUGCGUAUUAUGCACUCUACGACAAAAGAAAUCCUGGAAAAAAAAUAAAAGUUGGAGAUACAGAUCUUCACUUUGAAAAGAUUGGAAGUGGAUCACACCAUGUGCUGUUACUGCCAGGAGCUCUUGGUUCCACACAAACAGAUUUUAAACCUCAACUGGAUGGUCUAAGCCAUAAGAAAUUCUCUCUUAUUGCAUGGGAUCCUCCUGGCUAUGGACACAGCAGACCCCUUCAGAGAAAGUUUUCUACAAACUUUUUCUACCAAGAUGCUGAGUUAGCUGUUGCAUUAAUGGAGAAACUAGAAAUUCCAAAAUUCAGUCUUCUGGGAUGGAGUGAUGGAGCUACGACUGGAUUAAUCAUUGCAGGAAGAUAUCCAGAUAAGGUCCAUAAACUAGGUAUAUGGGGAGGAGGUAGUUAUGUAACAAAAGAAGAUGUAGAUAAAAUAGAAGGAAUCAGGGAUGUUAGUAGAUGGAGUGUGAAGAUGCGAGAACCAAUGAUUGCCCUUUAUGGGGAGGAUUAUUUCCAACAGCUUUGGAAUAAGUAUUGUGAUGCUUUCCAAUUGCUUUGGAAGCAUACUAAUGGUAACAUAUGCUGUGAAGAAUUAUCAAAGAUAGAAUGUCCAACUUUAAUUAUCUUUGGUGAGAAAGACUACUUGUUUAGUUCUGAGCAUAUGGAAUUUCUGCUUAGGAAUAUAAAAAAUGCAAAGUUACAUAGGAUGAUUGAUGGAAAACAUAACUUGCAUCUGCGUUUUGCCAAAGAGUUUAAUACUUUGGUUGAAGAGUUUCUCUCUAAUCCCUAGAAUUAGAUACAAAGAUAAUAAAUUUUUGGACAUUAUAAUUAUUAACCCAUAAAAGUGUAUUAAACUUAGAAUAGGUAAUGGUCCAAUGAUAAAUUUAUUUCAUUGAAGGUUUUAAUGUAUAUGAAUCUAUGAUGACAGCUAGUUUUAAAGAUAUAUUCUCAUCUCUGGAAGGUAUUUAUUUAUUACAGAGCUACAGAUCAAGUUUCUUUCAAUAGGGUACUUUACCCCUCAAAAUUAGAUAAACUGGGUAAAAGUGACUUUUGGAAAAAUAAUUGUGUUGCAAAGGAAAAUGCUUAUUUUAUUGGGAUAGCACUAUUUGUUCAUUUUAAUUUUGUUACUCUACUCAAUUUCUGAUGCACUUGGAGUUUAACCUAAAAAAAUGUCAUAUAUAUACAGUGUCAAUUUCAAAAAGCCAAUGCAUGCGUAUUUGCAUAAAAAAUAAUUCAUCCAUUACUAUUGUAUAUUCUGAAAAACUGACAUGUGGUAACAACUUGUCUUAGUUUAUAAUCUUGUGCUAGCCUCCUCUAGGCAAAAUCAAGAUUGUGUUCCAUAAUAGAAAGUCCACAAGCAUAUUUUCUAAACAUCUAACUUCUCAGAACAAAUUUAUGCUCUAAACUUUAACUUUGCAAGUAUGCAGCAGUAGCUGCUGAUACUGAGAAACUUGGAAAAAUGACUGUACAGGUUCAAUAAUGCUUUUAUAGAAUUUGAAUCCUUUUAUGCAAAUCCCACUAUAAUAAUACAUUUCAAUACAGGCCAGUCUGAUAAUUUUUCUCUUAUCUAAGAGAGGGACAACCACUUUUAACUCUCAUGACAGUCCAGUGUUUAUGCAGAUUCUCAUCCAUAGUCUUCAAUGUUUCCAUAUCCUUGAAAGUCAUCCACACAUAUGGCAAAUAGCUAGUAUAAAGUCAUCACUUUCAACAGUAUGUAUAAAGAAAGAUUCAAAUUGUGCUCAUAAAUCUUAAAAUAUUGUACUCUUUCCUAUUCUCAGUGUAUUAUUAUGUUCAUUUUGAUAAUCUUUUGUUGAAGCUUCAAAAUGUUUCACCAUGUUAUUGUUGAAUGAAAUAUCCCCAACCUUGUACAUUGCUUUGUUAUCUUCAACUUUGAUAUCCUGCAUUAAGUUUCACAACACCUUUUUAUUCCAUAUAUUAUAUUUUUGCUGUAGUUCCAUCAGUUAGUGGAUGUACCUCACUGAACAUAAAUAUUUGGCUCUUAUAAUUUGCACUUGGUGAAUCUUGUUGAGAUAUUGCUUUUAUAAUCUUUACUGUUUAAUAAUCUAGCUAAAUGUGAACACCUAACAUAAAUGCAAUUAACAAUGUAACUUCGUAACAGCUGAUAUAUUUUAUAACAUCUAUUAGCAAUAAGAUUUUUUUGUUCAUUAGAUUGGAUAAAGUUGAAAGGAUCAACCUAUAUAACUUGUAUGCUAACUCUACUGCACUUUUCAAUCCUAAACAUCUGAUAGAAGCUAUUUCUACAGGCAGUUCUUGAUCAUUCAGCAACUUUAUUAGUCUUUACUGUAGAUGUUAUACAACUUGUAGAGUUUAUAAAGAAAAACAUUCUUCUUUAUGGAAUCUCUUCAGGCUAAAUUCAAUCUAUAUACAAAGCAAUAUGAUUGAAUUCCGACAGGAACAUGCUCUGAUUUAUUUUACCCACUAGCAUCAUUAAUUUGUAUUCAUGAUAACAGCUACAUCAUUAAUUGCACAAGUUUUAGAAAUUGAGAUUUAAUUUUUUCAGUUUUUUGCUUAACCGGUUAAAUGUUGUUUAGCAUAUCUGUUAUCUAAUUUCAUGUUUUUAAUGAUUGGUAUAAAUAGUUUUCCUAGUUUGACUAACUUUAAACAAAUAAUCAGUUUUUGACUGCUAUUUCUGUACAUUCAUCUACCAUCAUAGAUAAAAUGGGAUGUGCUUAUUUUUCUUGCUGUAGCUCAGUGAAUUACAUUGCUAUACUUUUCUGAACACUAUUUCAACUUCUUAUACUUCAUUUAUAUAUAUAUCAUUUAUUGUUUUUAACUAUCAAUUAUUUUCGUUAUCUGUUAGAAUUAUUGAUUUAGCAGCAUAAUAAACUGUCCUAACAACAAUGUCA